AUGAGAAGAUACUUACUCCCUACUAACAAAACUAUUGGAAAAAUCACUAUCUUUUGCCUAAAAACCCUCCAUACGAAUGAAAAAAUUUUUAAUGUAAAAAUUUUAUGAAAAUAAUUUGAUAUAUACUUGAUAAUUAGUAUAAUGAGACCUCUAGCUAAAUCUGUUUAAUUUUAGACAGCUUGCAUUUCAAAGCAUAAAAUUUUACGAAUUAAAUAAAUAAUUGCUUUAUAUAAUUUUUGCGAAUUGGAUUUUUUAAAUUUCGAAAAAAAAAAUUAUAUUAAAAAAAACUAACCCCUCCGUAAGCGAACAAAAUUUUUUGUUCGCUCACAAAGGAGGAGUUAGUUUUUGCUUUGCUUGUUCUAGGGUGUGUAACUUUAGAAUCUAAACAAUAUAGUACUGAUACAGAUGGAAACAAAAAAUUUCUUCAAGCCUUAUCAGAGCCAAGAAUAUUAAAAUUUAGCGGCCAACCUACCAGUAUGUAAUAUAUAGAGAUUUAAUGCAACUGAGCAAUGAUGGCUCAGGGGAAGAUGAUGAUGGACUUGAAGAUGAUACCAAAGUAUUAACUCCCCCCCCUCCGUGAGUGAACAAAACCAUUAGAAAAAUCCCCAAAAACCCACCCUCCGUGAGUGAAACAAAAAUUUUUUUAAUAGAAAAAUUUUUUAUGGAAAAAAGUUUUAAUAUAUAAAUGAUAAUUAGUAUAAUGAAAUAUAGAGCUAAUUCUGUUUAAUUUUAAACGAAUUGCUUUUUAAAACAUAAAUUUUGCAAAUUGAAUUAAUAUUUGCCUUCCAAUUUUUGCGAAUUAGGAUUUUUUUAAAUUUCGAAAAAAAAAUAUUUUUUAUAAAUUUAUAUAUAAAUUUUUUUUAAAAAAAAAUUAGCCCCCCUCCGUGAGUGAACAAAUUUUUUUGUUCACUCACGGAGGGGGGGGAGUAAGCGUAUUUUUACUAAAUUUUAUUGUUUGCGUUAUUUGCUGUGGGAUGGUUCAAGGUGUUAUGAUACUUACUCUUGCUUACAUUUUAUUCAUAACAUAAUUUAUUAUUUUUAAAAAAUUUUUUAUAAUAGACAGAAAGCUAGCAAAAAAAUGAAUAGCGAAUUGAAUCUAUUGAAAAAAAAUUAUAAGCAAUAUCAGGGAUAUAUGAAAUUCAGAGAAUUCAGAAAGGCUUAUGCAGAUGAACAAAAGAAAAAAGAAAGUGAAAAUAAUUAA